GCAGAGUGGUGUUUGGAAAGAGAAACUCAGGGAGCACACUGCCCGCCUCCUAACACGGCAAAGCAAACUCCUUCAACAUGAGACUAUGAGGGGAAAGUUUAUUUCACUGGAGGUGAUAAUGACAAUUUUUGCCAGUGGCCAAUUGCCAGUGGCCAAUUAUUGGCACUUUCAGCUCAGUAAUAUCUCAAGAAGACUCCCUCUGCACGAUCUUGCUGUACUGACUGUGUUAUGAGAAAAUUUCAUCUCCCGGAGGCUGCUGUCCAUCAGUUGUUCCUAGGGACAACAGCAGAGACUGGUGUGAAGACAACUCAUCAGGCGAAGGGACCCUCCACGAUGUCACUGCUGCAAGGGGCCAAGGUGCUGCAGACGCUGGAGGAAACCUUGAGGAAGAGCCUCCCUGCGUCCCUAAAGGUUUAUGGGACCGUCUUCCACAUAAGGCAGAGAAACCCAUUCAAGCUAAUGGCUUUGGUGGACAAGUGGCCUGAUUUUAACACAGUGGUUGUCCGUCCUCAGGAGCAGAAUAUGGUAGAUGACCUUGAUCACUAUACCAAUACCUAUCAAAUCUUCUCCAAAGAUAUCCAAAACUGUCAGAAAUUCCUUGGUUCACCAGAAGUCAUCAAUUGGAAGCAGCAUUUACAAAUUCAAAGUUCACAUCCCAGCCUGAAUGAGGUGAUAGAAAAUCUUGCAGCCACUAAAUCUUUUAAAGUCAAACAAACACAAUGCAUUCUCUAUGUAAAGUCCGAGACAGCCAAGAAACUGGCUCCUUUCCUGAUGGAUACACAAACUUUAUCACCCAGUGGUGGCAAGCCCAAGCCCAUCAAUAAAGAGGUCUUUAAAAUCUCAUCCCUGGAUGCUACCCAUGCCACCUUGGUGAAUAAGUUUUGGUCUUUUGGAGGCAAUGAGAGAAGCCAGAAAUUCAUUGAGCGCUGCAUCCAGACAUUCCCCAACACCUGUCUACUAGGGCCCGAGGGGACACUUGUGUCCUGGAUCCUAAUGGACCAGACUGGAGAGAUGAGGAUGGCAGGCACUGUGCCACAGUACCGGGUCCAUGGCCUCAUCUCCUACGUCAUCUAUUCCCAGUUCCAGACGAUGCACAAACUCGGUUUUCCAAUCUAUUCUCACACAGAUAAGAAAAAUGAAGCUAUGCAAAAAAUGGCUCAGAAUCUGCAUUAUAUCCCCAUUGCAGGAGGUUGGAACCAGUGGAACUGUGUGCCCUUGGGAACCAAGCUUUGAACAUGGACAGUUUUAGGUGGACCUUGGUAUAUAUUUAGAGAGGUGGGAGGUGGAUGAAGAGAUAAAUCAUAAUCCAUGAGAGAUAAAUCAUAAUCCAUGAGAAAGGUGUGGGCACUAUCUGGACUCUAGGGAAGCAGUGUGUGGUCAAAAGGAUCACCUGGUCCCUGCAUUAAAAUGUUUCUCAGUGGAGAGCUAGGCCCAGUCCUCACACACUACAUAGUUUAGCUCCCAUACUUCCAAGAUAUCUGUGACACUUCUUCAUCUGCUACACCUUGCUCUAAGUUACUUCUAGUGGAACUCCUAGAUUAUCGGCUGAGAGAUCCUUACCAGUUUUUGGUGGGGGAGUGAAACUUGGGAGGCGGUGAAUAAUAUUUUCUGACCACUAUGACUUAUUCCUUUCUCUAGCCUUUCUCUUAUUGAUGAACAAGUGCACUUCCUUCAUUAGGUCUUUAGAGGUUAUUCUCUCCUGAGAUUGAUGCUUUUCAGGUAUAUUAACUAUAUUAUAUAACAAGAUAUAUAAGAUAUUAGGUAAAACACAGUAAACAUGAUAUAGCAGGGAGAGUUAUUAGGGAAAGGACCAACUUAUAUUAUUCUGUCCCCUUCCAGCUCCUACUCCAGGAAAAAUUAUUCCACAAUGCUUUAAAUGCUGAACUUCUUAAACCUACCAUAAACCCCAAACAAUACUGAGAUUUUGGUGUUUGAUGCACACGAUUCUGAAUGUGUUUCUUUAAGCCUAGUGAUUCAUGAUGGGGAGCAUGGAGAGCAUGGGGUGAGCACAUGAAAGAGGGAAGGUAUGCACACCCAGACCCAGAGAGAUGGAUAUUUAUUGAGGACAGACGUGAGUUGAGGGCAGAGAAGGGAGGCCUGAGUAACUGCUGUUCCACCUGACUUCAGCAUAUUACUUGCCUUAGUGUGAUUCUGCUGCUACAACAAGAUACCUGGGAUUGGGUAAUUUAUAAAGAAUAGACAUUGAUAUCUUAUGCUUCUGGCGGGUGGAAGUCCAAGGUCAAGGUACCAGCAGGUUUGCAGUGUCUGGAGAGGGUCCAGCCUCUGCUUCACGAUGAUGCUUUUUUGCUGUUCCACUGGAAAGGACGUUUGCUGUAUCCUCACAUGCCACAAGGGCAAACAAACAAAAAGCUAGGUCUUUCUGUCUAUUUUAUAAAACAUUAGUCCCAGCUAUUAAAGAGGAGUCCUUCUGGCCUACUUAGCUCCUGAAGGCCCUACCUCUGAAUACUGUUGCACUGGGGAGUAAGUUUCAACAUGAAUACUGGGGGUAAACAAACAUUCAAAUAAUCACCUCAUGAAAGAGUUGUCUAUCAGUGAGGAACAGUGAGAUAGAUAUUCUUGCAGGCUGGAACAGGUUAGCUAGAACAGUUUCCUGUCCCAACAUGUCAAGAGAAAAAGAACUUGCAGCCAGCACUGACUGAGCAUGAGGGAAAGCUCAUGAAUGAAAGUGAUUCCUAGAUUGAGAACCUGUUCCCUUCUGUUCCAGCUAAGCCUAGAAUUAGGCUAUGGAAUUGAGAAAGGAUUCUGCCUCUCUUUCCCAAAAGAAAAGAAAGAAAGGAAGGAUGGAAGGAAUGCAGGCAGGAAGGAAGGAAGAAAGGAAACUCUUCCUGAGAUUUAAUUUCCAUCCUUUGUCAACUUUGACACAAUGAUAUUCCAACAAAGACACAAUGGACAAUGACUUGUUGUGAGACCUGACCUGUGCAUUUCGGGGUGUUAGCAUGACCCCUGGUCUCUACCCAGAUGAAAUUCAUGCACAAAUCACUAUAAAAGUUUUGAGAACUAUGUUGUCCAUUUCUUCACUUCCAAGAAACACAGUUGACAGCAUCCUUUCUGAUUCACCUGCCCAAGUUUAGACUUGCUCAUCUUACCAGUGUUCUUAGGGGGUUUUCAUUUUCCAUCUGUGCAGAUAUUAUGUUUCUUGAUUUUUGUGUAUCUCAAAACUUUUAUAAUAAUCCACGUUUUCUUAAAUGCUAAGCAAUUCUGGUAAUUUUAGCAAACUAACAUUUUAUGAAUUACACAAAUGGUACAUGUGAACUGUAUUUGGUUCUUCUAAUAUUGAAGCAGUGUUUUAAUAAAAUUUAACCUUAAAAAUAUAAAUGUAAAUAAAUUUCCCAUUAUACUUUUAAAUUAGAUUUAAAACUGUAACAAGCAAAUUCAGUAGUAUUUUGUAAGUAUAUGUAGGAUAUAUGUACAUGACUAGAAGUGUAUAAAAUCAGACCCCCGAAUAAAGAACUUUGCUAC